AUGAGGAGUUUUGUGGCCGGUCUGCUCCUGCUGAUUUCUGCAGGACACGUUUAUGGAGUGUCGUUCUACGGUGAUGGCUAUGUCCACCUGCGGACAGUGGAGACAUCCAUUCAGACGUUUCUUCAUGUACGAUUUCGAACCACCGAUCUGGCCGGGCUGCUGUUUUUGGCAGCUGGACGCAAAGACUUCCUACUGCUGGAGCUGAUCUCUGGCCGCCUGCAGGUACGUCUGGACCUGGGCUCUGGUGAGCGUUCAAUUUGCUUAGAAAAGGGCAUGUAUCUCAGCGACAUGGCGUGGCACUCUGUAGAGCUGACCCACAACGGGCAUUUUGUGAACUUGACAGUUGACCAAAACUCUCAUGCCAGCCUCCAUAUGCCAGGCCCAGAUAUCGAGCUCAGUGUUGAGGAUGGGCUUUUUGUUGGCGGGGCAGCCGAACUGAACCACCCAUACCUUCUCAACAACUCCACUGGGUUUAAAGGUUGCAUAGACAAAGUUGUGUUCAAUGAACAUAACCUACUUUCCACCCUAAAGCCUUCUUCUGGGUAUAAGAGCAUCCAUAAGGUAUCACAGGGCUGUAGUGCACAGUUUUCUGUAAUAGAAGAUUCUCUCAGCUUUUUCAGCUCCAAAGCUUUUAUAUCUCUGCCACCCUGGGAGGGGCCACAUGAGCUGUUGUUUGAGUGUGAAUUGUCCCCCUCUGCCACAGAAGAAUAUGGCGUUGUCCUGUAUAGCUCUGCCAAGAAGGGAGGGUUUGUUGCAAUUGAGAUUAGAGAUGGUAACAUGGUAGCAACGGUCGGAAAUGGAGAUGGGAGUAAGCUUGAGUUGCGUUCUCUAACACAUGUUAACCGCAACCGCACCUGGUACCCUGUACAGCUGCAUCUGUUGCCCAGCAGCGUCCAGCUGAAGGUGGGAGAGGAGUUGGUCAAGGUCAACCUCAGUCUGGAGCUCCAGGUCAUCCAGCUCAGAGGGCCUCUCUUUCUGGGAGGGCUGGACAAAGAAGCCCGGGAAGAAGCAAGGCAAGCUGGGCUGAUGUCCGCAGUGCCUGGGGGUCAACUAGCUGGGCAAGCAAGCUCCUUUAGAGGCUGCCUCAGAGAAAUUAGGGUGAACACUCAAAUAAUGGGCCUGCUUAAUGCUGCAGUGACCAAAGACGUUUCUCUGGGCUGUGAGACAGGGCCAGAUCCAGAAGCAUUGACCACCACCCACCAAACAGAUCGUCCCCAAUUUGAUGUUACAACCCCACAAUCAAUAACCAACAACAAGAAGAACCAGAACUUUCUGUCGCUGAGAAAGCUAGAAGUUGUGGAGGGAGACCGGGCACCACUGGAACCCAAACAUAUAAAGGUUAAUCUGGAUUUUCAAAAAUUGGGCAUUCAUCCAUCCCAGAUGAUGUUUCUUAUUGAGAGGCAGCCUGUCCACGGCCAACUGCAACUGGACUUCAGUCCUGACCCCGAUGAGAUGCUGGACAAAGGGCAGGCAAGGACUAUCACGACAGGAGCAGAGGAGGUUGAUCGGACUUUUAAUAUGCUGGACCUGUGGCAGGGCCGAGUGAUGUACGUUCACGGUGGGUCAGAGGACCAGCAUGACUUCUUCAUUUUUUCAGUCUUCUCCAGCAACAAGAAGGCGCUUCCUGUGUUUCUAAAGGGAAACCGCCUGUAUCGGUUUGACAUCAGCAUCAGUCCUGUUAAUGAUGCGCCUGUGCUCAGCCUACCGGCGGGGAACCUUUUUACUGUGCUGGAAAGGUCCAAACGACAGCUAACACUAGAUGUGCUGAGGGUGUCGGACCCUGACAGCAGUCCUGAAGACCUGGUGUUCAGCUCCCUGGGAAACCUCAACACUGAGGUUGGACACCUUGAGCAUCAGGAUAACCCCGGCAGGGCAGUUAACUUGUUCUCCUUGAAUGAUCUAAAGGAGGGUAGGAUCUUCUUUGUCCACACUGGGGUCCCCACAUCCCGUCUGGCAUUCAGGGUCAGCGACGGGCUGCACUUGAGCAACACAGUAGUUUUGAGGAUUAUGGCAGUGCCACUUGAACACAAACUGGUGAAUAACACCGGACUGGAGGUGAACCAAGGCGGUGCUUCUAUCAUCACAACCAAUCACCUUGCAGUACAACUUAAUGUGGAUAAUCAGGGAAUAGAAAUUCGCUAUGACGUCAUUGAGUUGCCACAAUAUGGUGAGCUCCAAAGGCUGCACUCAAGUGGCGACUGGAAACCGAUAACUUCCUUCUCUCAGAAGCUUCUAAAGAAAGAACGGAUCCAAUACCUCAACACUUACCAUGGUCUUCAGACACAGAGCAACGUUACUGAUUACUUCAGGUUUAAAAUCAGCAUCAGGUCCUUAGCUACCACAGAGGUUAUUUUCCUCAUCAAGGUACGGUGGAUCCAAUUUAAGGUCACACGCAGUAAGAUGGAGAUCAACGGUGUUCAGACUUCUGUUGUAACUCCUGAGGACCUCUAUGUGAUUUCUAAGGGUGUUAAACUCAAUGAGAGCGACCUCUACUUUAAACUCCUCACAGUACCAAAGAAAGGGCAGCUAUUCCUCGACAACAAAGCUCUACAAAAAAACUCAACCUUCAGCCAAAAGAAUAUCACAGAUGGCUUGGUGAAGUAUGAGCUCUUCAACACGCUGCAGGAUGACACACGAGACACGUUAAGUUUUCAGCUGUUUUCAACACAUGCCAACUCAAUAGCUUACGACUUCAGAAUCAACAUCAAUGCAGAGUCAAAUGCCAUCACUGUUUUAAACAAAGGCCUUUCAACCCUGGAAGGAGGCAGUAAAGUAAUCAGCAAUGAUAUGCUGUUCACUCACACGGCAAGUAACCGUGAGGUUCAGUACAGCAUCACUGUGAGCCCAAGGCACGGCCAGAUAAGAAGGAUCAACCUUUCAAACUCAAGUUCCAUAAACGACAACAUUGUGACAUUCACAAAUCAGGAUAUCAUUGAGGAGAGGAUCAUGUACGUUCACGACGACAGCGAGACUAAGCAGGAUUCUUUCACUUUUAACAUUAUGGUUUACAAACCGCACAAACGGACCAAUAAGAAGGAGGACAGAAUCAGAGCAGAACACACCUUCAAUAUCUCUGUGAAUCUUGUCAACGAUCAGAGACCUUUCAGGGUUGUCGAUAAAGUUUUCCAUGUAGCCCGCGAUGGGCAGAGGUUGGUGAUGUUGAAUGACCUCCGUUUCCGGGACGAUGACUCAGACUUUGAGGACAGUUGGUUGGUGUACACGAGGAGGGGGAUUCCAAUGGGAGACCUGGUGCUAGCAAGUGAUACCAGUCACAAGCUCUACGAGUUCACACAACAGGACAUCGAGCAGAAAAAAGUGUUGUUUGUCCACAGAGGAGUGAGUUUUGGGCGUUUUGUGCUCUUCGUAUCGGAUGGGAAACAUUAUGUUUCAACACUGCUGGAGGUGAUGGCGCAGGAUCCUUACAUUCAUGUCGAGAACAACACAGGACUCAUUGUCCAGCGAGGCGGGAUCAAGAUCUUAACCUCCGCUAAUCUCAGCAUCUUUAGCAACAUGGACAUCCGAGACCCACAGGAAGUUGUAUUUGAGGUCUUCCUUCCCCCUAAACACGGAAGUCUCUGCUUUACGGAUGGAGAUUCAUUCACCCAGCAAGAUUUGGUGGCAGGGCGACUAGCGUAUCGCCAUGGUGGCAGCCAUGAGUUGUCAGAUGGGUUCAACGUGACAGUAAAAGCAAGGGAAAAUGACCCAGAGAGGCGACUGCACAGAAAGACGAGGGAGAUACGUCUGGACAUCGGAGUGAAGGUAAAAGUCUACCUGGAGGGGCACCAGAGGUCACCAACUGUCAUAAGUAACCGUCCAGUGGUGGUGGCAGAGGGACAGAAUGUCUCUAUUAGCAAGGAGCACCUAGAGGUGGUUCAUGAGGACAGCCAGCCCUCAGAGAUAGUAUUUACUGUCCAAUAUCCUCCCACCUGGGGCUUUCUUCAGCGUUAUCCCUCCGACGACCACCAGGAAAACAAACAGCCAACAAAUGUAUUCAGCCAGGCGGACCUUAACCAGGGAUUGAUCCUCUACCAUCAGCAGGCUGCAGGACACACCAACGACUCCAUUCUGCUAGAGGCAACCAACGGGGUCACAAAGGUCGGACCUAUCAGGCUGGAGAUCGACAUCAUCCCUAUCCUGCUCCCUCUACAGGUGUCUUACUUAACCCUUGAUGAGGGGUCGUCCCUGUCGCUGACCUCUGACAUCAUCAAGGUGGCCAAUCAUCACUUCUCAGGGAUGAACUUCCUGUAUCAGCUCAUCGUUCCACCGCGACAUGGACACUUGGAGCACAGCCGGAUCCCGGGGAUGCCCAUCACUGCUUUCACUCACACUGAGGUGGAACAUGAGUACAUCUUCUAUAUCCAUGACGGCAGCAACACACUGAGGGACAACUUCACCAUUACAGCCAAUCAGACGGAAAUCAGGAAGCACAGUCUGCCCUGCACCGCUCACAUCUACGUCACACCUGUCGAUGACGAGACUCCUGUGGUUACAACUAACAAGGGUCUGAAGGUUUGGGAGGGUUCAGUGACAGAAAUAACAACAGAUGAUCUCAGUGCAGAGGAUUCGGACACACCCGAGCCGGAGCAGCUGGAGUUCGUCGUCACACCGCCCAGCAACGGCCACCUUGCCCUGAAGAGCGCCCCCUCCAGACACAUCCUGAACUUCACCCAGAAUCACAUUCAAACCGGACAACUGAUGUUUUUGCACAGUGGUGCUUUAUCAGGUGGCUUUCACUUCCAGGUAAACGACGGUGUGAAUGUUGCACCUCGCCAGAUCUUCAGCACAACUGCCCACUCCCUGGUCCUCACUCUGAAGAGAAAUCAUCCGCUGCAGGUUUCCCCAGGCUCUGUGACACCAGUAUCUGAGCUAGAGCUUCAGGCCGUGACCAACGAUAUCAGAGACACCAGAAGAAGCCACUCGGUGGUAUUUGCAGUCACUGCUCUUCCCAAACUUGGCAGCCUGGUUAGACGUAUGCCCGACAACUCUACGCAAAACAUUUCCACGUUCACACAAAGCAUGGUGAAUGAAGGCGUUAUCUUGUACGAUCAGAACAAGCCACAGCCAGUGGGAUGGUCGGCCGGGGACUCUUUCUCUUUCACCGUGUCCUCUCCUCCUGCUUUCCUUCCUCCACACACCUUCACCAUCUCAAUCUCCGAACAGCCCAACAAGCAUCCUGAGAGCCUUUACAACACCAGACUGCUGAACAACGCAGGUGCUGUGGUGGCCGAGGGAGGCAGAGUGAAGAUUGAUAGGUCUAAACUAGAUGCCUCCAAUCUCCUCUGGAAAGUCCCAGAGCCUCAACGGAAAGAAAACCACAUCCUGUACCGCCUGACUUCCCUGCCGCGCCAUGGAGCUCUGUCUAUAAAGGGUCAUAACCUCACCAGGAACCAUCCUUAUUUCUCCCAGGUCACCCUGAACAAGUUCGGCAUCACAUACGUCCACGACAACUCAGAGACGACGAGCGACAGCUUCACUCUGCGGGCCUGGGUGGCUCCUUUGCAUCACUCUUCCUCUUCCUCUUCCUCCUCCUCAGAUUCCUCCUCCUUUACCCCCCUCUAUUCAGCCCUAUCAUCCUUAUCUGUCAAGGAGAGAGCAGCAGUGACGGAGACGUUUAACAUCACCGUGACAUCUGUCAACGACCAACCGCCGGCCAUCAUGAGCACAGCACCGAGUGUGAAGGUCGUAGUCGGAGAGAGAGUCACGAUUGGACCAGAAGAUCUGCAGGUUGAGGAUAAUGACACCCCUCCAGAGAAGCUGCACUACCAUGUGAUCAGAGAGCCCAACAACGGCUACCUGACUCUGGGGAAAGGACUGGAGCCGGUGACCACCUUCACACAGAACGACGUCAACCACGGGCGGCUGCACUUCAAACAGCAGGGAGAACACUCAACAGGUAUUUUCUACUUCAACGUAACCGGUCAUCAUCACCCACUCUACAAACGGCUUAGUAUGGAAGUGAUAAAACCCUCUGUUUACAUGGUGAACAACACUGGCCUGUCAUUGGUUCAAGGUAGGACUGCUGUGGUCCUGACAACCAACCAGCUUGCAGCUCACACUCACAGGCAAGCCAACAUUACCUACACAGUCACCAAACACCCUCGCCAUGGACGCGUCGCUAUCAACGACCAGGAAGUCAUGAGCUUCAACCACGAGGACCUACAGUUUGGCCGUGUUGUCUAUCACAUGACUGAUCUCAGUGAAUCAGAGGACAGCUUCCAAGUCUCGGUGUCAGCGUCAUCCCACAGGGUAGAAUUUGGAAAUGUGACGGUGCACACGGUGAAGGUAACUGUGCUGCCUCUGGUCUACCUGAGGGAGCCCGUGAGAGUGCCCAGUGGUGUCCCUGUGAAACUGGGGAGGGGCAUGAUCGAUGCAUCGGAGCUGGCGAGAAUCAGCCGAACCAACCCGGUCUUUUGGGUUCUGUCUCCGCCAAAACAUGGCAAACUAGUCAAGAUAACCUAUGACCCUAACCGAGCUUCAGAGGUACUGAAUUCGUUCACGUUCAGAGAUGUGGUGCAAGGCCGGAUCGCCAUCGAGGAGACUCUCAGUGACGGUGACAGCGAGCUGCGUAAUAACAAGUCAGCUGGAGGCCACGCCCCCGCCACAUCUCUCAGUGACUCUUUCACCUUCCUGUUGAGAGCUGGAAACGUCCAACCAGCAAAGGGCGAGCUCCACUUCACCAUCUUACCCCACCACCAUAUGCAUCAUGGUCCAGGCAGUUCAAACACAGACGCUGCAGGUCACACAACUACACAUCUUCCGACACAUAAUAAGGCUACUAUAGGAAGAGCAGGUGAGCGAGGAGGUGAUCGAGGGGUUUCCACAACGCUCAGCGGGGCCGGGGUGGGUUCACCUCCUCACAUUUUGAUGCAUAAGACCCACAACAGAACACAGCAUAAGUUGAGGCCUCACAGCCGCUGGGGGAACCACACCCGCAGUGGGAGUCACAAAGGAAGAUCAGGGAGUCAUGCAGAUGGAGCAGGAGGGGGUCAUAGUCACACCCCAAAACCCCACACUCCUCCUGUGUCCAAACACGGCCCAACCGCCCCUCCUGACACCCGCCCAGCCCACGUGGAGUUCCUCCCUCGCCCCGCCGCCGACCCUCUCCUCAUCAUCCUGCCGCUGCUCGCCUGUUUGCUCCUCAUCGUAAUCCUCGUAGUUUUGAUUCUGGUGUUCCGCCGCCGCAGGGAGAAAGAGGCCCGGCUGCGGGUCCGGCAGCGGCUCGCCGCGGUGACGUUACCCCCCGAGGGCAGCCCUUACCUGGGCUGGGCGGAGCAGAGCGUGGCCAUACCCUCUGUGGUGGUCACCCCCCUCGGGCCUGCCAGCUGCCCCAACUCACCCAGGGUCAAAUUAAGUCACAAAAGGAGAAGUCUGGCCCCUGGGAUGACCUUCUGGGGGCCUUUCGAAGCAGAUGGAGAAGGUGAAGAUGGGAAUAUUGGACCUGAUAACAUUAAUGAAAGAGAUAAUGUAAUGUUCAAGACUCUGAGAUCUAGAUCCUCUAUUCCGACUCUUAAAGACAACCAGUACUGGGUUUGAUGGAAGUAAUGCAAAGAAAAACUGUGCCUAUUUGGUGUGAAGUUAAUAAAUACACAUACAUGCUCUACAUCUGCAGUCCUUUUAAGGCACAUCUGACCUGCUUUGAACUUUUAAAACGACAAAAACAUGCACAUUUGUUUGUAGGAAAUGCUUAAUAGCAAUUAUAUAUUAGUCCUUUUCCUGAACCAACUUGAACUGAACACUUCUUUAGCUGUGUAGCUGUGAGGAAUAUAGUUUGUUACUUUGAGACUGUGGCUGAAACAAGGAAGUGAAACAGAAAUGUAAUAAAGCAGAAUUUUUAGUUAAUUCAAGACUUAGUUUGUAAAUGCUGAGAGUUUAGGGUGUCAUUCCCCUCAUUUACUGCUCUGCAUGCUUUUCAGUUUUCUUUGUCUGGUGUUGCUCAAGGCAGUAUGUUUUAAACAUGUUAUCGGUUUAUGAUAGUGCAUACAGUAUUAACAAGUCGUAAUGAGAUGUAAAGACAUAGGUAGCUUUCUUGUGUCAUACGUGACCCAUUUUAUGCAAGCCUCUUUGUUGUCCACUGUGAAAUUUUUAUUUUUAAUAAA